UCGCUGAUGAAGACUUGAUUUAAAUGAGAUAAAGAAAUAACAACAUCCUUUUGUAAUGAUUAAUGAAUUGAUCACACAAAGCUCGUUCUCUCAGGCGGGGUUUGCGAUGAUUUCGCCCGGCGCUGCAGUGGAGCGCCCCCUGCUGUUCUCCGCGUGUCGUGUUCUCUUCAGUCUCCGGGAUGCACUGUCGGUGCAGUUCCCACUCUCUCUACCUCUGAAAACAAGGGACUUCUGUAUGUGAACAUCACAACAUCAGAGGUUAUGAAGACGUCUUACAGGUCGCCUGCCUGUUGCUGGUAGAUGAGCAAAACCUGCGAAUGAAAUACAUUUGGACGAAGAACUUGCAAACUGGAUUCAGCUUCAUCGCAUCUGUUUUGUGCCUGAAAGAUCCUUCUCCCUGCAGAAAUUGAAGAAAGCUAGUCACCUGGGACUGGAACGACAUGAGGGAUUGAGGAUCUAGUGAUGAUAGACCUGUGAGCAGAUUUCAAUGGCUCAGAGGAAGAGGCCAGGGGCCAGCAGCAGCAUGGCCACAUCAGAGCCACACGCUUCAGUACCUCUCUCUUGCCCUGUCCCCUACUCCAACCCAGAGCACCCUGAGGAGGACUAUGAAGAACAUCAGGACACUGAGGUGUCCCAACACCCCUACCACAACCAAGAAGAGCCAGAUUUGACCGACAGCAGACCAACCACACCCACCACUCCAGACCACGCCCACAUAGACUACCACAGCCAUCCAGACAGUCUGGAUGGAGACUCUAGCUCAGACUACAUCAACAACACGUCUGAUGAAGAGGAGGACGAUUACGACGAAGGGCUGCCAGAGGAGGAUGAAGGUGUGACAUAUUACAUCCGCUAUUGCCCUGAGGAUGACAGCUACCUGGAGGGCAUGGACUGUAAUGAGCCAGAGUAUGGACACCCGGACAGUCACAUUGAGCCUCUUCCAGACACGGAUGAGUGCCAGGAAGCAGUUGAGGAAUGGGUGGAAGGAGAAGAGGAUAGACAUGGUGACGGAGAGGUGCGUUGUGAAGUGCUAGAUCAGGAUUCUGACCAGCAACUAUACGACGGCAGACCUGAACCUGUCCUUGAUCACCACCACCACAGACACUACACGGAUCCUCACCAGGACCAGCCUCCACCUCCAGCUGAAGAUCAGGAGGCACAGGAUGUCGAGGAGAGUGAGGGCUACUGCCCUGAUCAGGAGGAAGAACCACAGGAGGGGCAAGACAGAGAUGCCUACAAAGGUGACUACUAUGCCUCGGAGGACAAUGGGAAUUCUGUGCGAGCGUCACCUUAUCGUGGACAUAAGGGCAAGGAGGGGGAGAUGGGAGAGGAGGCAGAGGAGGAUAUCGAUCAGAUAGUGGCAGAGAUUAAGAUGAGUAUGAGUAUGGGCAGUCUUAGCAGCGGCACAGAUCAGAGCCCAGAGGAACUUGCACUUGAUCCAGCAUCUAGCGGGUACCAACCAGAGACACUGUCCAAACCCGAACCCACCCCAUACCCUCAACCUCACCGUCACGACGGCAGGCCCAAAUCCCUCAACAUCCCUCCUGCCCGACACAACCCAGAGCUCCAGAGGAGCUUUAAGGUGCGAGCUCACACACCAGAGGAGAGACAGAAAUGGACACAGGACCAAGUCAGAGAGCAGGUGUCUAAUAGUGCAGAACAACCAAGGAAGCAGCAGCGGUCUGAUCUGAAUGGACCGCUGGAGAACAACAAUGUCCCAGAGCCAGCAAAGAAGACGGCCUCAUUUCCCAGCUUUGUUGAUGUGCCUGGCCCCUGUGAGCCUGAGGACCUCAUUGAUGGGAUUAUCUUCGCCGCUAACUACCUCGGCUCCACUCAGCUCCUGUCAGAAAGAAAUCCAUCCAAAAACAUCAGGAUGAUGCAGGCCCAGGAGGCAGUGAGCCGGGUCAAGAGGGUACAGAAGGCAGCCAAAAUCAAGAAAAAGGCGAGCCCAGAGGGAGAUGCUCAGACUUUGACAGAGGUGGAUCUUUUCAUCUCAACUCAAAGGAUCAAAGUGCUGAAUGCAGACACCCAGGAGACCAUGAUGGAUAACGCAUUGCGCACCAUCUCUUACAUCGCUGACAUCGGUAACAUUGUAGUUCUGAUGGCGAGACGGCGCAUGCCACGCACUGCCUCUCAAGACUGCAUCGAGACGACUCCUGGAGCCCCUGAGGGCAAGAAGCAGUACAAAAUGAUUUGCCACGUCUUUGAGUCAGAAGAUGCCCAACUCAUAGCACAAUCCAUUGGUCAGGCAUUCAGUGUGGCCUACCAGGAAUUCCUCAGAGCCAAUGGAAUCAACCCAGAGGACCUGAGCCAGAAAGAGUACAGUGACAUCAUCAACACACAAGAGAUGUACAACGAUGACCUCAUCCACUUCUCAAACUCUGACAACUGCAAAGAGUUGCAGCUCGAGAAACAGAAGGGGGAGAUUCUGGGCAUAGUUAUUGUGGAGUCUGGCUGGGGCUCCAUUCUGCCCACGGUGAUCCUGGCCAACAUGAUGAAUGGAGGCCCUGCCGCACGUUCUGGGAAGCUCAGCAUUGGUGACCAGAUCAUGUCAAUCAACAACACCAGCCUGGUGGGCCUGCCUCUCGCCACCUGUCAAGGAAUCAUCAAGGGCCUGAAAAAUCAGGUGCAGGUGAAGUUGAAUAUUGUGAGCUGCCCUCCUGUAACCACAGUCCUCAUUAAGAGACCAGACCUCAAGUACCAGCUGGGUUUCAGUGUGCAGAAUGGCAUUAUCUGUAGUCUAAUGCGAGGGGGGAUCGCAGAGAGAGGAGGGGUGAGGGUUGGCCAUCGCAUCAUUGAGAUAAAUGGUCAAAGUGUUGUGGCCACGGCACAUGAGAAGAUUGUCCAAGCCCUCUCCAAUUCUGUGGGCGAGAUCCAUAUGAAGACUAUGCCAGCCGCCAUGUUUAGACUCUUAACUGGGCAGGAGACUCCUAUAUAUAUAUGAUCUAAAGUGGACUUCAGCUGAGAUAAACGGCCCUGGGCACACAGAGCUUAGGGAAAUGCUUGAAUGCAGCGGUCACCUUUCACCCUCACAAAAAUAACUCCCAUCAAUCUUGCUGUUAGCUAACGUUACUUAAGAGAUACGGUGUGUCAUUUCUGGAUAAUGUGGAUUCUUUUGAUGUUUUGUAAUGUCUGCACUUGGGGUGUAUGCUUGUUCAGAUGAUAGACUCAAUGCAUCUCAAAUCCUUUCUGUUUAAUGGAAGGGGAGUGGGAUGGGGGGCUUUGCACAUUUUUUUGCUACCAAUGUUUAAUUUAUUUGCAGUUCUGUAUGUAUGUGGAAAUUGUUGGAGAGAUGCAAGUUUGUUUUGUAAAUAUGUAAUCGUUAUAUCAGUAUCAGAAAGGAAUGGAAAAGCCAGAGUGAGAAGUCUAGACAGUACAAGCCCAAAGCCUAGUGGCCAUUCCAGAAUGUUGUUUCCCCCAGAAGGCAUAGAUUGCCACUGAAUCUAACAUGCACUCAAAUGCACUGAAUCGAUACACUUCCCCUACACAACAGAUGACAAUAGUCUAGUGUCCAGAGUGUACAGACCUUUGAUCCUUUUGCUGCAAAUGAUUCUUUGGCACAAUAGUUUUUGAAAUCUUCUCAAUAAAUACAUGUGUAAUCAAGAAUCAUUGUAAAAUUAACUUUGCAAGACUGACAAGUAUCAGCAGUUGUGCACACGCAGGGACUUUAUCAUCAAGGGAAAAUGUUCCAUAUUGUUAGCAUUCAUCAAUGCAUAAAAGUCAUUUAGAGGGCAUUAAAGACUGAACUGAGCAAAUUUUAAGAGUAGUUUUUUACACACAACCAAGCAAAUCUUUUGUAAAAUACCAUAUGUAAACACAAUUUCUGGACUUCUCCCUUGCUGUAAUAAUCAGCCAUUCUCUUGCCAUGCUGUAAAUGAGUUUUGUUUCAAAUGGAUAUAUUGUAUGAAAUCUCCAAGUUUAUUUUUUAUGUGUGCUUUUUUGUGUAUGCCCAACUGCAGCUGUGUUAGUGGGAAUGUAAUAGUGUUCUUAAUAGUGUAUCCACUUCCUUAAGCAGUAUUAGAAUGUCUGUACAUAAACGUUUAACCUUGUUUAGUACUGUGUCCAUGUAGGAAUCACUGUUAGUUCAAUUUUAUCCUUGUGAGGCUUUGGCCUUCAGAAAAUAAGACACUGUGACCAAAAGCCUUACCACUGCGUAAGAAUGCUUUUGAAAAUGAAUUGUAAUAAAAAAAGAAACAUGAAACAAUUAAUAAUACAUGAACAUGAGCACCUGUCUGCAUGCAUCUUAAAAUGACACUAUGGCAAAAUAACAAUAAAGUGUAAUAUAAGCCCUUCA